GCCCCGCCCCCGCCCGCCCAAGUCUGCGCGCGAAUUCCGUGGCGCCAAUUGAGGACUGCAGUCGAGCGCCGAGCGGUUCCGGGUGUGACGCGCGAGACAGCGGCGCGCGGGGCCGGCGCGAGGAACAUCUGGCUGGACAAGAGGAGGAGGAGAGGGGGGAGAGAGAAUUCGGACGUCACCAUGCAGCGGAGUAUCAUGUCAUUUUUCCAUCCCAAGAAGGAGGGCAAAGCGAAAAAGCCGGAGAAAGAGACCUCCAGCAGAGAGACAGAGCCACCUCCAAAGGUGGCGCUGAAGGAAUGGAACGGAGAGGUGCCUGAGAACGAUUCUCCAGUGAAGAGGCCAGGGCGGAAGGCGGCCCGGGUCCUGGGCAGUGAAGGGGAGGAGGAGGACGAAGCCCUCACGCCCUCCAAAGGCCAGAAGCCGGCCCCAGGCUCUCCACAGGUCUCCCCUCCCAGCCCUGUCACAUUUCCCGAGGACAGCCCUCCCCUCUCCAACACCUCUCCUGCGGGCCUCUCCCCAACGGGGAUCCCGAAGCGGCGCACAGCUCGGAAGCAGCUUCCUAAACGGCCGAUUCAAGAUAUCCUGGAAGAACAGAGCAAGGAUGAGGACAGAGAAGCAAAGAGGAAGAAGGAAGAAGCAGAGAUCCCCAGCCUCUCACAAGCGCGACCGGGCGCUGGGAGUGGGGAGAGGUGGGGGCGGCUCGCUGGCCAGGAGGAGGCGGGGUCCUCACCCCGCGCCCCAGACACCCACUGGCCUGCCCCACCUCAGUCCACAGCCAAGAAGAUGGACGUCAUCAAAGGCCUCUUUGUCGCCUGCCGUCACUCAGAAGCCCGAUUCAUCGCCAGAGCCCUGAGCGGACGGCUACGCCUCGGGCUGGCAGAGCAGUCGGUGCUGGCCGCCCUCGCCCAGGCCGUGAGCCUCACGCCCCCUGGCCAAGAUUUCCCCCCGGCUGUCGUGGACGCUGGGAAGGGCCGGACAGCGGAGGCCCGGAAGACGUGGCUGGAGGAACAGGGCAUGAUCCUGAAGCAGACGUUCUGCGAGGUGCCCGACCUGGACCGGAUCAUCCCCGUGCUGCUGGAGCACGGCCUGGAGCGCCUCCCGGAGCACUGCAGGCUGAGCCCAGGGGUCCCCCUGAAACCGAUGCUGGCACACCCCACCCGCGGUGUCGGCGAGGUCCUGAAACGCUUUGAGGAGGCGGCUUUCACCUGCGAGUACAAAUACGACGGGCAGAGGGCACAGAUCCAUGUCCUGGAAGGCGGGGAGGUAAAGAUCUUCAGCAGGAAUCAGGAAGACAAUACCGGAAAGUACCCGGACAUCAUCGGCCGCAUCCCCAAGAUUAAACUGCCAUCAGUCACAUCCUUCAUCCUGGACACGGAAGCCGUGGCUUGGGACCGGGAAAAGAAGCAGAUCCAGCCGUUCCAAGUGCUCACCACCCGCAAACGCAAGGAGGUGGACGCAGCAGACAUCCAGGUCCAGGUUUGUCUAUAUGCCUUCGACCUCAUCUACCUCAAUGGAGAGUCCCUGGUACGCGAGCCCCUUUCCCGGCGCCGACAGCUGCUCCGGGAGAACUUCGUGCAGACGGAGGGCGAGUUCGUCUUCGCCACCUCUCUGGACACCAAGGACACAGACCAGAUCGCCGAGUUCUUGGAGCAGUCCGUGAAAGAUUCCUGCGAGGGGCUGAUGGUAAAGACCCUGGACGUCGACGCCACCUACGAGAUCGCCAAGAGAUCACACAACUGGCUCAAGCUGAAGAAGGACUACCUCGAUGGCGUGGGCGACACCCUGGACCUCGUGGUGAUCGGCGCCUACCUGGGCCGUGGGAAGCGGGCCGGCCGCUACGGGGGUUUCCUGCUGGCGGCCUACGACGAGGAGAGCGAGGAGCUCCAGGCCAUAUGCAAGCUCGGAACUGGCUUCAGUGACGAGGAGCUGGAGGACCAUUUCCAGAGCCUCCAGGCGCUGGUGCUGCCCACCCCACGCUCCUACGUCCGGGCCGACGGCGCCGUGGCCCCCGAUCACUGGCUGGACCCCAGCGCCGUGUGGGAGGUGAAAUGCGCCGAUCUGUCCCUGUCCCCCAUCUACCCCGCUGCCCGGGGCCUGGUGGAUAGCGAGAAGGGGAUCUCCCUCCGUUUCCCCCGGUUUAUUCGCGUCCGCGAAGACAAGAAGCCGGAGGAGGCUACCACCAGUGCCCAGGUGGCCUCUCUGUAUAAGAAGCAGAGUCAGAUUCAGAACCAGCAGGGCGCGGACUUAGACUCCGACCCGGAAGAUUUCUACUAGGCUCCCACCCUCCCCGGGGGCAGCGGGGGCAUCACCUCUGUCGUUCAGCAAAUCCGGUGUCACAGUCGAGUGGGUUUUGAGUGUCAGAUGUGUGUGUGCGCGCACGGGGACAGUGUAAGUUGGGAUCCGGGAUUUCAGCAGUCGUUUGUGUUUUCAAUAAAUAAUUAUUGAACCCCCA